UUAGAAUAGAGCAAUUGGAAGACAGUGACUUUAUGAGAAAUCAAGACACUGUAAAACAAAUCCAAAAGAAAAUUCAGGAAUACUUGUAAAGAACUUUCCUCAGGAAUCAGAAUCUAGAGAAUAUUUUGAACCUGAAGGAAAUUUAAACAUUUAUCAGAAAAAUUCUUCAGCAGUGGUUUUGAGGAAAUUCUUUUCUCAGGAUAAAGAUCUCAGUAAAAUCUGAGCCUCAAGAAAACCCUUCGAAUGAACAUUAGCAAAAAACAUAAUGAAUUUAGGAGAAAUUUCAGGCUGAAUACCACACUCAUUCACAACACAGAGAGAUAUCAAAAGAAAGAGCCCAUAUAUGUGAUACUUGUGGCAAAAGCUUUAAACAUAAUUCAUACCUCAUUCAAUAUCAGAGAAUCUACUGUAGAAAGAAAUCACACAAAUGCAAUGAAUAUGGGAGAUUUUUCUUAGAGAAUCUGCAAAUCUUAGAGAACAUUAAAAAAUUCAUACUGGAGAGACACCAUAUAAUAUAAUAAAUGUUUGAAAGCUUUCAGUCAUAACUCCUGGCUUAUUCGGCAUCAGUUAAAACACACAGGAGAGAAAUCUCAUAGAUGUAGUGAAUGUGGUAAGAAUCAUCCUUCUGAAUGCAUACCUUAUUCAACAUCAGAAAAUUCAUGGAGAGAAACCUUAUAGAUGUGGUGGAUGUGGUAAAUAAAACCUUCAGUCUGAAUUCAUGACUUAAUCAACAUCAAAAAAUUCAUAAUAGAAACCAUUUAAAUUUGGUGAAUGUGAGAAAACAUUCAGUCGUAGGUCAUAUCUUAUUCAAUAUCAGAGAAUUCAUACUGGAGAGAAACCUUUUAGAUGUGAAGAAUGUGGAAAAGCCUUUAAUGAGGAUUCUCAGCUUAUAUUACGUCAGAAAAUUCAUACAGAAGAGAGGGCCCAUGAAUGUAAUGAAUUUGGGAAAGCUUUUAAGCAGAAAUCAUUACUUAUUAGUCAUCAAAGAAUUCAUACUAGAGAGAGACCCUGUAAGUAUAAGGAAUGUGGAGAAGCCUUCAUUAAGAGCAUUCACCUUAUUCUACAGCGGAGAAAUCACACUGGAGAAAGACCCUACAAAUGCAAUGAAUGUGGGAAAUCAUUGUCAGAGUUCAACCCUUAGCACCAAAUAAUUCAUAGUGGAAUAAAACCAUACAAAUAUAAUGACUGGGAAAACCCUUAGUUAGGGUUCAUAUGUUAUUCAACAUCCAAGAAAGCAAUCCACUAACAUACUUAGGUACUUUUUCAUUAAUUAACAUAUGCUGGAGAAAAACCAUAUAAAGGUAAUAAUUUUUUUAAAAAUUCAUUUGCAGCUCAAGCCUUAUCCUAUAUCAGAGAACUCAUACUGGACAGAAGCCCUAUAAAUGCAAUGAGUAUGGUAGAGACUUCAUUCAGAGUUCACAACUUAUUCAGCAUCAAAGAAUUCAUAUUGGAGAAAAGCCCUAUGGAUGUGAUGAAUGUGGCAAAGCCUUUGGUCAGAGCUCACAACUUAUUCAACAUCAAAGAAUUCAUACUGGAGAAAAAUGUUAUGGGUGUGAUGAAUGUGGGAAGACCUUUGGUCAAAGUUCACAACUUGCUCUACACCAGAGAAUUCAUACUGGAGAGAAACCCCACAAAAGUACUGAAUGUGGGAAAGCCUUCACUCAAAGCUCAGUUCUUAUUAGGCACCAGAGAGUUCAUACUGGACUUCCAGCCUCUAAGCUUGAUGUGAUCUUCUAACUGGAGUGAGAAGAGCCAUGGAUGUUGGAUCUGCAGGAAGCUAAGGAAACAGAUGAAUCCCAGGGAGGUUCCUGCACAGGUGAGGACAUGGUUAUUACGGCAGUAAAGGGACUUGUCUGAUGUUACACAGCUUAUUUGGAAAGAACUGAGAAUGAGCAGUUAUAUGAAAAAGGGGAAAAUUUCAAAAGAGUCCUGUCAAAUGGAGAAACACUGGAAAUAAUCCUAAAGGAUUUCCCUGAAGAACAUGAGUUUGAAGAAUAUUUUAAACGUGAAAGGAGCUUAAACAUUUAUCAGAAAAACUCUAUAGCAGUGAUUUUUAGGAAAUGCUCUUCCCUGGAAAAAGAGUUCAAUAAAGCCAUGAUGACUCACAAGAAAACCACUAUAGAGGAUAUCACCAAAAAAUGUAAUGAAUUUGGGGCAGAAUCAACACUCAUAGCCCAUCAUAAAGGAAUAACAAAAGAAAAAGUCCAUGAAUGUGAUAAUUGUGGUAAAAACUUUGAGCAGAAUUCAGACCUUGUUCUACACCAGAGAAUUCACACUGGAGAGAAAUCACACAAAUGUAAUGAAUGUGGAAAAAUUUUCAGUAGAAGCUCAAACUUGAGAGAACAUCAAAAAAUUCAUACUGGAGAAAAACCAUAUAAGUGUAAUAAAUGUUCAAAAGCUUUCAUUUGUAGCUCCCGGCUUAUUCAACAUCAGUUAAUUCACACUGGAGAAAAACCUUAUAGAUGUGAUGAAUGUGGUAAAGCUUUCAGUCUCAACUCACAACUUAAUAGACAUCAGAAAACUCAUACUGGAGAUAAGCCAUUUGAAUGUAAUGAAUGUCAGAAGACAUUUAGUCAGAGAUCACACCUUAUUCAACAUCAAAGAAUCCAUACUGGAGAGAAACCUUAUAGAUGUGAUAAAUGUGGAAAAGCCUUUGGUCAGAACUCUCAGCUUGUGUUACAUCAGAGAAUUCAUACAGGAGAGAGGCCUCAUGAAUGUAAUGAAUGUGGAAAAACUUUCAAUCAAAGAUCACUACUUAUUAGACAUCAAAGAAUUCACACUGGAGAGAGACCUUACAAGUGUAAUGAAUGUGGAGAAACCUUUAUUCAGAACUCACACCUUAUUCUACACCAGAGAAUUCACACUGGAGAAAGACCCUACAAAUGUAAGGAAUGUGGGAAGUCAUUCAGUCAAAGUUCAACUCUUGAUCAGCAUCAGAUAGUUCAUACUGGAGUAAAACCAUACAAAUGUAAUGAGUGUGGGAAAGCCUUCAGCUGGAGUUCACGUCUUAUUCAACAUCAGUUAAUACACACUGGAGAGAAACCAUAUAAAUGUAAUAAAUGUUCAAAAGCUUUCAGUUGCAGCUCAGGCCUUAUCUUACACCAGAGAACUCAUACUGGAGAGAAACCCUAUAAAUGUAAUGAGUGUAGUAAAGGCUUCAUUCAGAGUUCACAACUUAUUCAGCAUCAAAGAAUUCACACUGGAGAAAAGCCCUAUGGAUGUGAUGAAUGUGGCAAAGCCUUUGGUCAGAGCUCACAACUUAUUCAACAUCAAAGAAUUCAUACUGGAGAAAAACCUUAUGGGUGUGAUGAAUGUGGGAAGGCCUUUAGUCAAAGUUCACAACUUACUCUACAUCAGAGAAUUCAUACUGGAGAAAAGCCUCAUAAAUGUAGUGAAUGUGGAAAGGCUUUUUGUCAGAGCUCACAACUUAGACUACACCAGAGAAUUCAUACUGGAGAGAAACCCCACAAAUGUACUGAAUGUGGGAAAGCCUUUACUCAAAGCUCACUUCUUAUCAGGCACCAGAGAGUUCAUACUGGUGAGAAACCUUAUGAAUGCCAUGAAUGUGGGAAAGCUUUCAGUCAGAGUUCAACUCUUGUUCAGCAUCAGAUAAUUCAUACUGGAGUGAAACUUUUUAAAUGUAAUCAAUGUGGGAAAACUUUUAGUAGGAGUUCUUACCUUAUUCUACAUCAAAGAACUCACAUUGAUGAGAAAUCCAACCAAAGUAAUUAAUAUGAAAACUUUGUGAUACUUUAAGCCAUAUAAAGUUGCCUGGAAAGAAAGUGAAUGAAUGUGAUAAGUAAAGGAAAGCCUCAGAUUGGAAUUCACACCUUACACUACAUUAGAAAACCAAUAUUCAAGAAAAACUCUAUAAAUGUAAUGCAUGCCAAUAAGCUUGCAUUUGUAGCACCCUUCAUUUAAUUUAUAUCAGAUUAGUUAUACUAACAAAAAAAAAUGAGAAUGUUAGAAUGGCUUUAGCAAUAUCUCACUUUGAGAUCUCACAGCUUUUCAGAGGUGGCAGAUCUCAGAAGUCAUCUUGUCUCAACCUGUAAAUGAAAAGGAAUCUUCCUACACUAUCCCUCUGUCAAAUUGGUUAUCCAGUCUCAGCUUGAAGACCUCCAAUGACAGGGAAUCUCCUACCUCCUGAGGCAGAUUAUUACCCUUUUAGACAAUAUUUUGUUAAAAAAAUUUUCUUUACAUCAUGGCGAAAUCUGCCUGUUUGCAACUUUAAGCCAUUGCUCCUAGUUCUGCUCUGGUGACAACUAAAUUUGGUCCCUUUUCCUUAUUUUAGUUCUUUGUGAUACUUAAGGUCUGCUAUCAUGCCUUCCCCAAAGUUUUUAUUUUCCCCAGACCAGUGGUUCUCAAAGUGUGGUCCAGGACCUCUUUUUAGAGGUUUCUCAAGGUCACAACUAUUUUCAUAAUAAUAAUAAAAUGUUUUUAAUUUUUAA